GUUUUUCUCCACUGCAUGCUGAUACCGAUUGCACAUCUCAUUUGGAAACCUUGAAUAUUGAAAUUUCUUUCUUUGCUACCUAAUAUCUCUUCAUCAAUUGCCCUCUACUUGUCAGUAGCAUCAUCAGCUCCGGCGAUGAAGAUCUGGGGGAAGUCUCCGAAUCCCCGAAUGCCGGAACGAACAAACUCCUUUUGAACACAACUUCACGCGGCUUCUUGCAUUUGUGUACAGAUCCCUUACCUCCUUCAGACCAUGUCCCAUCCAUCCCAUUCUUUAUGCAAACUACUCGUCAAUGUCAUCCUUGCUAGAUAAGCAUCUUCAAAUACUGUAUACAAUCACGUCACUAGCAUCUAAAUUUAGCGCAGUGCCUCGGUCACGAACAUGUUUAUGCGCCUAUCCGUCGUUGUGGGAGUCUUUGGAGUUCUCGGGGACGACCCUUGCCGCUACUGUAAAAUUCCAGAUCCCCGCAAUCAAGUUCAGUAAGUGGAUGUCUCCCUGAGAUUUGCCACAAGGAAGUCAACUCCACUCUUCCUUCUGUUGCAUGAAUCGAAAGUAGAGCCUAUCCCUUAUUUGUUAUGAAAGCUGUUGGUAUUUUGCGUUUGUCAUGGGCGGCGCUUGUAACUCGAAGGAAUCUGGCCUUUGGAAUCCAGUACCACGAGGUCGGCGUGGAUGUACUAUCCGGCAUGCAUGUUGUUGAUCUGUUAACCACGCGAGUUUUGUGAUAUAUCGUCAAGCGGUGCACUAGCAGGCUAUCUUUAAUAUAUUCUCUGAGCUAGAUCUUUAACUCUGAGAUGAGCCCCAUUGCUACAAGUGGAUGCGAAGUUCAUUCCCAUCAAACGUUUGUAGAUAUACUUUAGGUAUCCGAGUGUAUCCCUUGUUAGAGGUUUGUGCCAAUGUCGUACAUAUGAUUGCGCCGUGUAUCAAGUUGUAUCGUGCAUCAUCUCGAAACUGAAAAUCCACCCAAAUUCGUUCAAUCGAUAUACGCGGCGGCCUUACAUUCGAAUUUUGUUUCUGUCACACUUUCCAUUGAAUACUCUGCGACCAUGCCAUUCCAAAAGACAGGGUCGCGUUCUAAGCAGAUGAUCUUUCAUCGAGAGAGUAACAGUGCUGAUGGUUUCUUCGAAUACGAUCGUAAUACCAGCAAUAGGCAGUCGGAAAGCCUUUUCUGGAUAUCAGAAAAUCCCAAAUCCGACAAACCUGCGGUUAGAAGGAAUACAGCUAUCAUGGCACGAAAACCUCCUGAGAUCCGGAUUGAUCCCAGCCAAACGGCACAGUCACCACCAAGUCCUUUACAUUUCGAUUGGGGCUUUAACGAUAACUCGGCGAGCGGAAGUAUGGGUAAAGGCGUGGAUGAAAGUGUGGGUGGCCAAGGGAAUAAGAAUAAGAGUACACCGAACCUAACAAAGGUAGAAUCGACACCGAUUGGGGAUGAUGUCGGUUCUUUGUCUCCAACUAUAUCCAAGUCCAAAAGCUGCGUUUCAUUGAGAAAUGCGACUCGUACCUUGCAACCAAGCCCGAUAAAUGAUAGCAAUCAGCAUCGCAAUCGUCAGCCCCGCUAUCAUUAUUUCCCCCAAACCCUGGCGCCCCCAAAACCGGACUCAGGUGAUGCACCAUUAGCAACACAAGCGCAGACCUGCAGCAACACUGGCAUGGUAUUUUCAGAAAAAGAAAUUCCGCAGCAGGCACAAGGAAACUCAGACUUGAGGUUACAUUCUUAUAAGAGAGAGGCGCAAGCUACCUCGUCAGAUAAGCUUAUGGAAGGGGAAGGGCAAGAGGAAGGAUCAAAUAUUAAUCUCUCCCAUAAUCCAAAUACUUCAUCGUUGUUUAAUCAUCUUAUUAAUGAUAACGGGAAUCCAACUCCUACUAUUACUAGUAUCCCUAGUAUUCCUAAAACUCCUUCUGCCACCAAAAAGUUGAUACGAUCAACCAAAUCAUACGAUAGAUUUAUUCUCAGAUCAAAGGAAAAAUCUUUCUUUCGCUUCCAUUCUCACCAUAAUACCUCUCACCAACACGAUCAACGACAGCAGCAACAGCUCAGUCCUAACAAGAAAGCCAUAUCGACAUCUGCUUCAUGUUCGAAUCUACAGAAGAUGGUCGAGUUUACCGAUAACGUCGAACAAUUAAUUCGAGAAACGGAUGAAGCAUUCCAAGCCGCUGGGUUUGCGAUAGGUGAUGCAAAAGCUGCCACUCGAGGAUUUCAGCAAUUCGAAAAUAGCAAAGCAGCCAAAAUAACUGGCAUGACUCUUGAUGAUUUGCACAAUAUGAACGUCAAGAAUAUCAACAAUUCCACCGUUACCCGCCAAAACCGAUCAACCUACUCGAGUAAACCUCUCGCACGGACCAAUUCAAUCUCGAAGCGCAAUCAAAUGCAGAAUUCCAACUUUUUGAAAGAACGUCCAUCUUCAACCAGUCUUUCGGGAAAAUCCCCGGUACCAAAGUCUUCCUUUAAUUCCAAAGCAAAGAAGUCAAUUUCUCCGAAGCAAAAGAAAAAUACGGCCUUGGAGAAAGCUUCGAGAAAGAGUCUACCACACCCACAUUCAAGUGCAAGAUGGAACUUGGGAGAUGUCACCGCCAGCAUGGCGGAUGUUUUCAAAGGAAAAUUCACCAGGUUGGAAGCCGAUGAAAUGUUGACUCCGGAUAGAUUGCAACAGCUGGAGGAAAAGGCGGAAAAGGCCAAGUUGGACAAUGAACGAAAAGCUUCAUUGGAAAAUGCUCAAAGUGAAGCCGCUCGCAAUGCCGACACAGUCAAAGAUGCGGAUGCGAUUACUUCAGUGGGACAUUCCCGGACAAUGGAUGCGGAUAAGAAGCUUGAUACGAACAUUGUAUCGUCAGAUAACCCAGAAAGUGUAUCACCAACUGAACCAUUUCAUUUGGAACAUUUAUUGCCUCGCAUCAACAAUGACAAGGACAAAACACCCACUUCAGCACAGAUUCUUGGUCCCUCUUCACCACUACCAUUUACAUCGGCAGAUGUAUCCGAAUCUUCGGAAAACGACCAAAGAAGAGGUCGAAAAGCAUUGUCCGAUGUAUCAAAUCCCGAUUAUGCCGAAAUCGAUGCUAUCGAACAAGCCUUUGAAGAUUUAAACUUCCCCUCUCCACCCCGCGAUUCUCCACAUUCUCCACCCAGACUCCCACGAAGUCGUUCCAACACAGGAAUGACCAGUCUCCUACCCACCAUUCCCGAAAUCUCUCCCCUGAACAUCUUAGCCCCACGAACUCCCGAACGAAGCUUCUCGCAAGAUUCGGAAUAUUCCCAAGACUCAAGCACAUCUUCUGUAGACUACAUUCAAUUGCCCUCCACAUUAUAUACUCUUACAUCUCCACUUUUCCGCCACGGUCCCAUCCGUCUCGAACAUGCCUACCACCGCUCUAAUCGCGAUUCUCUUUCUGCGCCCGACCUCGAAGAGGCACUCGAUUGGACGGCAUUCCAGAUGGCAAUCUCAGGCACAAUGGACGAUGGUACAUUGGGCGCUAGCCAAGAAAGCAUCUGGGAAGCAGAUGAAGCGGAAGUCGAUAGUAUUUUCGAUUGGUGGAGCGGAUUCGGAUAUCCUGGAAUUGGUCGUUUAGUUAAAGAAGCACCUGUGUCUCGACGCAAGAAAGUUAAGUCUCUCGCGGCUGCUGAUGCGGAAAAAUGUCUUCGGAAAAAUAAAGAUGGAAGGGAUAAUCGCGCGACGACUAUCGGACUUGGACUAGGCUUUGGUACUCCCAGUGAAAGCAGUAGUGGCGGACCUAGAACUCCAGAAUAUCAAGGAGGGUUAUGGAUAGAAACGAUUCGGGAUAGUGCGCCACAAGUAGUGGAGUCCGUGUCUAUUCCUACCUUAGGAGCUAGAAGAGAUGUGGCGCUCAAAGUGAAUGUUCCAGAGCCGAGAAUUGAUGACGAUGAGGACAAUGAUUCGUUGCCACCUUCGCCGAUUAACUUGGUUAAAAUCAAGGAUGAAUAUAUUCCCAUGGGAUACAACUUGGGACACGAUUUGGGGGAUUUUUUGAAUUGGGAAACAUAUCAUGUGCAGAGUCUUUUCGGAGAGGAUGAGGGAAGGAAUUAUAUGUGAUUUCCGGACGAGUUAAAAAGAGGGAGUGAAGGGCGUCAUGCAUGUGGGUUUAAUGGCUGAAUAUUUAACGGCCUUGGAGUUAUCCCAUGGGACACGGAAGGGAAAUAUGCGGAAUUGGGAAUUGGAAAUGAGAUUAUAUAUCUCACAAUGCAUAUAUGGCUUAUGAGAAACGGACGGAAAUGCACAUGAGAAAGGAAUCUCGUGUGGAAAGGGGUCGAAAAUAUCUAGUAAUCUUGAAAUAGUACAUUAAUAUUAAAAAUCA